UUUCUUGAGUCUUGUAUUAUGCUCUUUGAAAGGAAGAAGAUUGACGUAAGGAUUGUGAACUAGGAAGAAUGGCCAAGCCUGGCUUAGAGUAAGGGUGCUCCAAGGAAUCCGGCCCAUGAGGUGUUGAGUGCACUGGAUUUAGGAAUCUGGAGGCUUGGGUACGAGCUGCAGCACAGCCACCAGCCCACUCAUUGACACAGGCAAGCCAAGGACAUCACAAUGGAGAAUUCUUUAUUGGUACCUCCAAAAGAUCAAGAUGAACCUAAAAUCUCUCCCUGGACAACACAGCCUGGCAAAAAUGUACAGAAUAAAAUUCAGUUCAGGACUAUUGCCCCCAAAAUGACACCAAAAGGCCUAAUGUCCCCAGUGCUGCCCUAUCAGGCACCGUCACUCUCUGAUCAAGUUCAUCCCACGUCCUCAGCAAACUCUAGGCCUCUGGUAAUGCCACCACAAAACUAUGCCCUGAUGCAAGUUGCUGGUCAGGAGGGAACCUUUUCUCUUGUUGCUUUGCCCCAAGUUACCCCAGCAGUGGCCACCCAACCCAUCCAGAAGCUCAAAAUGUCAUUGCCCAAAAACCUUAAAUUGCCUAUUCCUCGGUACCAACCUACAAGAAAUAAGAAGGUACCAGGAGUCGAAACUAUUGCAAACUCCUCUGUGAGUGUGAUUAGGAAGGUUCCAGUCAAUACACAAACAUGUCCCCAGCCACCACCUUCAGUAGCCAACCAUUCUGAACUUCAUGCUAACAUUGAUUCAUCUGAGCAUGUGAUAUUAAUAGAUCAGAUGCCAACUGAAAUCACAGUUACUGCUUUGCUUGAUGAAAGCAACUGUGUAGAAUCUGGACCUCCACUGAUAAACAAACCUGAGGCAGGUGACACUGUUAUUAUUCCAAAACCAUGGGCACCAGAAGAAACUUCAGCUGAACUGAGUAAUUCAGUGAAAGUCAACCUAGACCCAAAGACAAUAGACAGAAAGUCCUCUGCCAUUGGUGGUGAGAAAAUCGAAGAAAGAGUAGCUGAUUCUGCAAAAGCCGUUACUGUUCUAUCCCCAGCGAUUUUUGGCAAUGCAGUUCAGCUGAUUCCUACAGCACCGAAAGGUAAACUUCCAAUCUUACCUUACUCAAGAAUGAAGACAAUGUUUUGUAAAACUAAGCCAAAUGCCAGCAUUGUAAGCCCCACUUCUCCUUGGCACAGGUCUGACUGUGACAAAGUCUCAUCAUUUGCAAAAACCUUCAAUGUGUCCACCAAAACAUCAGACAAGCUCUUUGCUGUUUCACUCACACAAGUGUCCAAGCCAGCUGCCUGUGAAGAUGCCUUUUGCCCAACCACAAAGGUGGAAGUUGACAACAAAAAGAAAUUGAAUGGUGGAACAGCAAAGAGAAGAGGAAGAAAACAAAAGAUCCCAGAUGAAAUUUUGGCUUUUCAGACAAAGAAGAGAAAGUGUAUCCUUGACACGUGUAGAGAUGGUAAAGAAAGAGUAAAAAUUGACCCCCAGGAACCCAGAGACAGAAAAACUGGGGCUGUGAAAAAGUAUCGGAACAUUAUGCCCAAGCCUGUCAUUGUAAUGCAAGCAAUGGCUCCACUUACUUCCCCUGCACCUCUUUUACAGACCAAAUCUCCUGACUGCUUAGAACAAGACAUUUUGUUAAAUAAUUCACUUACAAAUAAGUAUCUCAGCUCUAAGCAGAAUGAUAGUGCUUCCACUAAACCGGGCACUGUAUGCAAGAAUGGCUUUUCUGCCAUAAAAAAGCCUUGGCACAGAUGCCACAUCUGCAACCACCACUUUCAGUUUAAACACCAUCUUCAGGACCAUAUGAACACACAUACAAACAGAAGGCCAUACAGUUGCCGGAUCUGUCGUAAAGCAUAUGUGCACUCUGGAAGUCUCAGCACCCAUAUGAAGCUUCAUCACAGUGAGAGUCGUCUCAAGAAGCUCAUGUCUUGUGAAUUCUGUGCAAAGGUGUUUGGUCACAUCAGGGUCUAUUUUGGCCAUCUUAAAGAAGUACAUAGGGUUGUGAUCAACACUGAACCUUCCACCAAUGAAUUGCCACAGGGCAAAGGGCCAAAGAAUCGAGAAAUAGCUAUAAGAGGAGCAGAAGAAUCAGGAGAGAGAGAAAACAAAUCAAGCCUCGAGGAGACCCUCUUUCCAGGACAGGCCAGUGAGAUCAAAUUGGACAUCAAGUGUGGCCGCUGUCAGGUCACUGCUCAGUCUUUUUCUGAGAUGAAGUUUCAUUUAUUCUAUGUGCAUGGAGAGGACAUUCAAGGGAAACUGAAGGAAGGAAUCUUUCCAGGAAGCAAAGGUGCCCAGGAAGAAGUGGUAAAGCGAGCCGCUCAUUUCUGGAAACAGCACAGUGAGAGGAGAAGCCUGGUGAAGAGGGACGCUUUGGAGGAGGAGGUGUAUGCAUUUCCCAUACAGCUCAAAAGGGAAAUCUACCUUCUUCAUCAGAAAAACCUGGACAUAUUAACAAAGAGCGAGGAAGCUUCAUUGGCAGCCAGCGAACCAGGAAAGGCUCUGCCAAGUCCAGACUGUGCCACGCCAUAUAAGAUUCAGGUCUGGUCUAACUUGGGCUUCAACUGUCUUCUUUGUAAGCAGACACUUGAAAGGAAAGAAGAACUUUUCCUUCAUUGGGAACAGCAGCACAACUGUGAAGACCCUUCUGUACUUUGGGCUCUUUUAAGUGCAUUAUCUUCACAGGGAGUAAUUGAACUUUCUAAUGAGGUUGAAAAAUGAAACACUGGGGGCAGGGGAGGCGGGGAACAUGGCAGGGAAUUUUUGCUCUGCCCUUUCCCCACAGAGUUAUACUUGGGUUUCUUAAUUACAAAUUUGAGCCACACAAAAAACUUUUUUGUUUUUCAUGAAUAAAGGCAAAAUUUAUACAGUUUUGUUUUCUUAUGACCUACUCAACAAAUUCAGUUCAGAAUUUUUAGAUUUGUAUGAGGAUUUGCUGUAAAAUGUCACUUUGACACCUUCUCAGAAUUAGUAGACCAGAUUGUGGUUACAAAAACCAAGAAGAUUAUAAGAUCUGCUUAAAAUAUACUGUGCAAUAUGAACAUGUACAUAUUGGUAUCAUUUUUGUGUAAUAGCACACAAAUGCCUUCUAUUAUAUAGAUUGACAAAUCUGAUAACUUCCUAGACUGAAAACUUAAUUUCAGUCUCAAAAGUAGUACCAGGUUUUAUGGUAAUGAAUGUUGAUAUGUAUUAAGUCCUUGGCUCUAUUUGAAUAUGCUUUAGGAGAAUGUAUUUAAUAAGAUUAUCAUUUGCUCUAAUUUAAAUUCCAUGCAUCCAGUUCGUCAAUUUUUUUUUUCUUAAUAUUCCCUACCAUCUAAUUUCUUAAAUGUUCGUUGCCUUGAAGAGUCUUUGCUGGCAUGUCUUACAAGUACAGAGUACUCUCUUCAAAGUAAUCAAAAUUCUUUUAAUACUCCAGUUAAUAAAAAAAAGCCAUUUUCUUGGUAAGAAGUUAUUUUCAAGCAGGCAGAGCUAAAAUAUUUAUGGCCUGAAAAGUAACAUAGAUUGUUCAAGCCAGAAACCUAGGUGUCUUGGUUACUUUCCCUUGUCUCUCGGGCUAGCUUCUUUUUUGAAUGGUGGCUUGGAGGGAUGUCACUGUAUUAUUAAUUUAACAGGCCCAGGUUUUUUUCCCCCAAAUUCAUGAGUAAAACUCCUUUUUUUAAUGUCUAGGAAAUGGUCUAACAGAAUUUGAAAUGUUCAUCUUUCAAGUUUCAGCCCAUCCUGUAUAUAAAAAUAACCUUAUGGCUGUUAUAUGUUUGGGAGAUAAUGUUCAAAACAAAAUCCUCUUCAUUCUCUUCCCCACAUCCCCUUUGCCAAAACUGCAUCACCUCUUGACUCUUCUGUUUCUGUUAGUGACCCCAGCAUUCUUCUGCUCACCCCAGCGCAAAACCUGAGUCAUCAUUGGUUGCUCCCUCUUCCUCUCUAUCCAUAUAACUAAAUCCUGUUGAUUCUACCUCAAGACCACUUUUGUACUCAUCCCUUCCUUUAAAUUCCCACCGCUGCCAUCCAGGUUUAGGCCCUCAUUAAUUUCCCUAAACAAUUGUAGUAGCCUUUAACUGGUCUCCCUACAUUUGGUCCUUCCCCUUUCACAUAUGGCCACCAAACUAAUCUUCCUAAAGCAGAGUUCUGACCAUAGCACUGCUGCUUACGACCCUUUGGUGGUUCCUUGCUAUCUAACAAAUAAAGUCCAACCUCUUAAUUUAGGAUAUGAAACUUGGUUCAAUCUGGCCUUAGCCUGUUUUUCCCACUCUUUCUCAUUCUGUAGUCCCACACUUAUAUUCACCCAUCUGGACCACCAUUUUUCCAACAUGGCCCAGAAUUUGCCUCCACACCCUGAUUUUGUUCAUGCUGUUUCCUACAGUUGGAAAUAUCUUCCCUCGCUCUAUAUCUCCAUCGGCUGGGUUUCUACCCAUCCUCCAAGACCCAGGUCCUCAAGCUAUCCUCCUGAAGUUUUCCAUCGUCUCUCAAGCCAAAUGGGCUCUUUCUUCUGAACUGUCAUAGAAAUUUUGUUUGCGCCUCUCUUGUAGGCAUAUCAUGUCCUGCCAUGUAUUACAGGUAAGUGUGUACAUGUCUCAUCUUUCCUCUAAGACUGUAAGCUCAUCAAGGGCAGGGGUCAUGUCUUACUCAAUUGUGUAUUCCCCCAUAGUGCCUAACAAGGUGCCUUGCACAAAGGCACUCAAAUAAAUGUGGAAUGAUGGAAUGAUUGAAAUUACCUCUUUUGAUCUGGAAAUAAUGUUUAGAAUAGU